CAUUAAUCAAUUGUCCACUUAAUUGGCUAUGAAUUCGUUACAAUUAUACAAACAUUUGUAUAAAAACAUCAAAAAACUUCCGCCCGAUCUCCAGAACUACUACAGAAGUCACGUGAGAGGGCAAUUCAACAGUCAUUCAGAUGAAGACCCCGAAAGAGUCCAACAACUGAUCCAAAAAGCAAUCCAAGACUCGGAUUGGCUCUUCUAUACGAAAUAUGGACUCAAAAAGCAAUGA